GUAUACGCUGAAAGAGACAUUUUGACAUUCACGGACAAUCCGUUUGUUGUGUCAUUCUAUGGUUCAUUCGAGACGCGGCACCAUCUCUGCAUGCUUAUGGAAUAUGUGGAAGGUGGCGAUUGCGCAGCGCUGCUGAAGAAGGCCGGGACAUUACCGCUGGAUACAGCACGGCUCUACAUUGCAGAGACCGUGCUUGCCAUUGAUUAUCUUCACUCCUACGGUAUUGUGCAUCGUGAUUUGAAACCCGAUAACUUACUUAUAACAGCAAUGGGUCACAUAAAAUUAACCGAUUUCGGACUUUCAAAAAUAGGCCUGAUGAAUCGAGCCACGCUCCUCUACGAGAAUUACGUUGAUUUUCUCGAUACACAGCAAUUCACCGAUAAACAACUUUGUGGCACUCCAGAAUACAUUGCACCGGAAGUAAUCUUAAGACAGGGAUACGUUGUUUUUUUAGAUGAAGCGGAGUUCCCUGAGGGCGAAGAAGCGCUUCCCAUAGAAGCGGAGUCGCUGAUCAAGCGUCUGUUGGAAAAAGAUCCAGUAGAACGGCUUGGAACGUUCAGUGGCGCGCAGCAGUUGAUGCUUGAUCCAUUCUUCGCUGGCUUGGAUUUUAAAUCGCUGCUGCGACAAAAAGCGGAAUUUGUGCCACAGCUCGAGGGUGAAGAAGAUACAUCCUAUUUUGACACUCGAACUGACCGGUUCGUUUUUAACUCAUUUGUUUGA